AUGGGGCACCCUUCUCACAGUUCCACCAUACUCCUCACAGACCCAAUCCCACCGUCCUCCUCACAAACACAAACCAAUCGUCCUCAAAGACUCAAUCCCACUUUCCUCCUCACAGACCCAAUUCCACAGUCCUACUGUCCUCACAAAUCCUAUCCCACUGUUAUUGGCACAGUCCCACCAUCCUUCCCACAAACUCAAUUGCACCGGCCUCACAGACCCAAAGACUUAAUCCUACUGACCUCCUUACAUACUGAAUCCAUUUGUCCUCAAAGACCCAAUCUCACCGUCCUCACAGACUACAACUAA